CCAAUAACGAACACACGAAUGUUUGUGGAUCCAGAUUGUUUUCUUGUUUAAUUUUGCGAAAAUACUAUUGUGAAACUGUAAUUAUUGUAUAAAGUGCAUAUAAACUAUGCUAACUGUGUAAUUGGUGACAUUUGUGUUAUUUUUAUAUCGUUACAAUAAUGGAUCCCUUUACUCAGCGUAUGUUAGAGAGGGCGCGGGCCAGACAAGAGAAGAUUGACCAAAAACUUGCGAGUAACGGACAGGCAGUUCCGAAAAGGAGACCUUUAGCAGAAAACAUUACUGUUCUUAAAUCUGAGAACUCUCCCGUGAAAUCUCCUAAUAAAAUAGCUCGGGACUCAAUUACGUCGCCCCGGAGACAGUCUAAAGAUGGUUCUAAGGCUGAAACUCCAACAAAAGCAGUUGUUAAGAGAUCGAGUUUGAAGUCUGACGUAGCGUCGCCGCAGCGAGGUCGCAACGACAUUGUGGUCACCAAGAAGGAGUUUAAAAGUCCAAAAAGGGGAAGUAUUAACAGACGGAACUCUGAUGUAUCAGUGGAGAUAAACAUUUCCCAUAGAAAUGACAUUCAAAUUGAGGUCCAAGUUGAGGAGAGGGAUGCUCCGAUUAGCGUCGUGUAUGACUCACAGGCAAACCCUGGAAGCAAUGUUAUCAUUAAGGAGAUCACAGAUGGUUCAUCUAAUAACUCAGAGAAGGCUAUUGAAGAUGCUUCGGAGAACAAGACUCAGAGGGGUGGACUCAGGCAAAAUGUUAAGUCCAGGCUUGACAGGCUUGGCAAUUUAUAUUCAGAUAAACCAACACUCUCAUCACCCAUCCACCGCACGGAGUUGGAGUUCUCAUCAGCAACUCCACCGGAACCUGAACAGCAGAAGCAGCAGAAGCCUCGUCCUCAGGAUGGCAAGAAGAAGUUUGGUAGACUGGCUGCCCUAGCAGACCAGAUCAAUAACUGGGAAGAUGACUUGACACAUCAUAUUCCGCCAGAACCAGCGAAGAAGGCAACAAUCAAACCAGAAGCUAAGAACAAGAAGGACAAGAAGACAGAGAAGCAGGAGACCUUGGAUGCAUCCACGGUGGAUGUCUCGAUACACUCAUUCCAGGAUAUCAACAAAGUGCUAGAUACUGCUAGUAAGGCUAAACAGACCAACAAACAGGUGGAUUCGAACACAUUCACAAAAUCUUCAGUGAACGAGUGCCAGAGACUAGGCAAGCAGAUAGUAGCAGAAUUGGAGGGCGAGGGUUACCGGCGAGUUUCUGCCAGCCAAUCGCGGCUCGUCUACGAAUUCACCACGAAAACCGCCGAUCCCGACCGACAGGAGCCGAAGUGUGCAUCGACUACCCCCAGUGCCGCUUCAGCCCCCAACAUGGCUACAAUGGUGGCCCCGUCGCCCGCCAACACGGCCGUUACAAAAAAGCCCUCGAUCAAGAAAUACAGAGCGCCCACGCCGCCGCGGAAUGUUAUCACGGAAGAUGAAUGUGAAAGUGAAAAAGACAAAGAGAAUGCAGUGCAACUCGACAAGGAAAAUGACGCAAGUGAUGAUUGUAAACAAACAAAACCGGAACCGGCGGACGACAAGCCGGCGCCGGAGAUGGGGUCGCCGCUGGUCAAAAGGUUGGCUCCGAAAAUAAACGGCAGUGUUGACAGGAGUUCUGUGUUGUCUAAGGCGGCGAUGUUCGAGGCGGGCAGCCCGAAGGCGAAGGACCCCGCCGAAAUGUCAUUGAGGGAACGCAAAGCUCUCUUUGAAAAAAAUAAGGGUGCAGCGAUCGUACCGAAGGCCCCCUUCGGCCUCGCACCCUCCGUCAAAACCCUGCACGGAGACAAUAAAGCUGACAAAAAGCCAUUGGCACAGAAGACAACACCAUCAAAGACAAACUCUUUAGCUAGUUCCAGAAGUAAUUCAAAAGACGAUAAUUCUGAUGAUAAUAUAAGCCAGAGUUCUGUGGGAGGUGGGAUCAAGGACAAGCUAGCAGCACUUUUCAAUAAAGAACAGACGAUCAGUGAAUCCACCAUUGCGAACAAGUUUAAACAGGAGAGGGAGAAGGAAAUGGAGAUGUUGCAGAACAGAUUUCAUUAUAAGCCAAAGCAAGAAAAACAAGGCAGUCCCAACGAUUCUGAUGAUGACACAAGUGAACACGAUCCUUCAGAGAAGGCCCCACUUAUGGGCAGCACUGUAAGCCUCUCUCAAACUAACAAGAAACCAGAAAUCAUUUCCAAUCUACCUAAAGUUGUUUUCGACGAGAAGAAAUCUGAAGCUUUGAAUGAUAAGGAAAAAGAAAUUGAGAAGGAUGAGAGAGUUAUUGGAUCACAACCUGUCAAAAGACGAAGUUCCCAAGACUCGCCGGUAGUCCUUUCAGUAUUGGAUGACGUAAAAAGAAUAAAAGUAAACAACAACAAAAAGGAACCACAGACUAACGGAGCAGUGUUACAGCAACCAGCCAGUCUGUACCCACAUCUGUCAGACAUAGAAACUGACACAUCUCAUAACCAAGACGAAUACUCCGACUGUGGAGGAUCAAGCUCAGAGGAUAACGUUCAGGAGAACACACGGGACAGAUUGAACAAAUCGGAUAACUGGGCCGAAACAUCCUUCGGUCGUGAAGUUAUGAAUGUGGUGAAGAAAAACAACACGAGUUACAAGAAGGCUGUCCGUGAGAGUGAUUCCGACAGCAGCGGCGCGGACAGUGAGCUGGACGAUAUCUUGGACGAGGCUAUCAAUGAACAGACUGAGGGACCCACACCGCCCAAACUUAAUAAGCAAUCUGUGGAGUCCUCAUCAAGUUUCGUGUACCAGGAGCACUCGGCGUUCAAGUCCCCGCUGAAGGUGCAGCAGACGACCCCGGCCCGCCACGACAAGGGCAGCGAGCUGGUGCACAGCGUCAGCUUCUACAGGCGUAUGCAGAACCAGUCCACCACCCCAUCAACUCCGAUGCGCGUGGUCCGGCACGUAUCGCCGGAACGCGAGCCGCCCGCCACGCCGGACGAGCCCGCCGCCAGCGUCACCACCGUCCGGGAGCGCAUCAAGGAGCUACAGAACGAGAUCGCUAAACAACAGACUGUUAUUUCACAGGCGAGUCAAGCUUUGAACCUAUGCGCUGCUACCAUAGAAUUCAGCGGCUCCACUGAGCAGGCCGAGGGCGAAAGACUUUUACUGUUAGCAACGCACCGUCGUCAGGCGUGUGUGCACGAGGUGCAGCGCCUGCAGGUGGAGGGCGCGGGCCCGGCCGCCGCGCGGGGGAUGGCCUCGCUGCACCUCGCCAACCUCACCCUGCCGCUCAAGCGGGACUACAUACGACAGCUCAACGCAGACGGCGCCGUGGGUCACCACGCAGUGUGCCUGGUGAAGUGCCGCGACCGCGUGCUGGCCAGCAGUAUGCAGCAGUCGGCGCCCACCGCCGCCGCGCUGCACUUCCCCGACGACAUACGCAUGCACGGGCUCGCCAGCGACUUCAAGGUGACGGUGGAAGUGUAUUUGCUGCAAGCAUCUAAAGAAGUAUUGUCUCACGAGAUGAAAUACCACAUUUCCAACAAAAAGUCAAGUUCGAAGCUUCUAACCCCGAAAUCAAAGAUAUCGGAGCUGAAGGCGCCCCGCGUCCAAAGUCCCGCCGGCCCGAUGGCAGUACGCUCGCCACAGUUCGCACUGCACGGGUACUGCAUCUUCGCAUUGCAACAGUCCACCAGGAAGCACUUUACCCUUAAUAAGGUCCCAUGCGGCAGUCCACUAGAAGGUUCAUUGAACCUAGAAAUAAAGGCGCGCGUGCAGGUGUCCCCGCCGGCCCCCCACGCGGCGUUCCUCACGGCGUUCGACGACGUGUCGGGGCUGGGCGCCUGGCACCGACGCUGGUUCAGGCUGCAACCGCCCCGUCUCGCCUACUGGAAGUACCCUGAUGAUGUGCAGAAGAAGAUGCCCAUCGGUGACAUAGACCUCUCGACCGUCAUAUCGGAACGCGUAAUAAAGGCGCCGCGCGACCUCUGCGCUCGUCCGAACACGAUCCUUCUAGAAUCUUCCAUACCAGCCGGUUUGAUCGUACCAGACUCGGGAUCCUUAGUAUACUUCCGACGCCCGGACGGGUCAAUCGUAAGGAGACACUUACUAGCAGCCGAUACGCCUAAAGACAGAGAUAUAUGGCUCGAUUGCUUGAACAAAGCCCUAGAAUACGUUCGAUGCUGCGCCACUGAAGAUGAUUGAGUAAGAUAAUUGCUUUUAUUACGUGUUAUUACGAAAUUAUUGUAUGAAGAUGUUUGGUUGUAUUUUAAAGGUUAGUUUUAUAGAAAUUUGAACGUUUUUGCAAAGGUUUUAAAUGUGAAAAUCGCUUGAUAAUCGCACCUUUUUGCAAUUUUUUU